AUGGAAGAAGAAAGCGCGGUAUUUUGCUCAAUAUGUUUGGGGCCUGCAAGCUGGCCGAAAGCACGACCGAAAAUAUGCAAGCACACCUUUUGUUAUCUGUGUAUAAACACAUGGGUAAAGAAACGAUCAGAAUGUCCACUUUGUAAGAGACCGGCCAAAAUACUGGUGGUCAUGAACCAGGAUGGUAAAGAAUAUAAGAUAUCUGUGAAAGAAGAAACUUCUGUUCAAUAUCAAAGAGAGAUUGAUGAAGAUAAUUUAUUUCAAGAAACGGGAGAUAUAACAGUGGCAUAUGCUAGAUGUCAAGUGUGCAACUUAUCGAAAGACGAACAUUUACUAUUGCUUUGCGAUGGAAUUAUUGGGCAAAAUAUAGAUGGAAGCUCAGUUCGUUGUAAUGCUGCGUGCCACUGUUACUGCCUGCCGAAAAAACUUGACAAAGUACCAGACGGAGAUUGGUUUUGCUUUUUCUGUACUGACAUAAGAGCUACCCAAGAAUCAGCGUACAACAGCCGCCAUGCACGACGAAGUCUUCGGUCAUCAUCAAAUUACCAACAUUUUAUGGGUUUCAGAGAAUCUGGAAUCUUGAGUGAGGACCAGCCGGGACCGAGUAGAAUAAAUGAAAGCUUACGGUUGAGAAGAUAUAUAGAUGACUUUGAAGUUUUAACCGAAUCGAGCUCAAGCAGUGUUAAAAAUGGUGCGAGCGAUGAUGGGAUGGAAAACGAUUCGGAUUUUUCAUUUAAUACUGCUUCCUCUAAAGGAAGGGAUAUAUAUUUAUGCUGGAGUAAACGUUUUAAUCAGUAUAGCACACUUGAGUUGGAGUGUUAG